CUGAAGUUCCAGGCAGUUUGAACUGGUGGAAUUCAUGCCAGCUGCCUAGAGACAGACCGAAGUGGUAAACUUUGUCUGCAGCUGCCUCUUCUGUGGUGGUGCUGAGCAUCUUUUAGUGGACCAAUUCACAACAUAACCCUUGUCUCUCAAGUUACAACUGUCCACUUGCCUCUGCUGUAAUGAUGAUGUCCUCCCUUGCCUUGUGACACUUUCUUCUCACUUCGUAUGUGUGGCUGCCUUUUGCUUCCUUGGUACCAGACUCCCUGCGUGAAACUAUUCUGCUGAAGUCUCUGCAUUUGCUUUCAUUGCUUCUCUCUUAGCCUGGUGUUUCCUCCUUGAUCUCCAAGUUCUGCCUGUCCAAAUUCCCACAUGGGCUCUUUUGUUUGCUUUUCAUGCGUACUGAAGAUGUGUAACUGCACUGCUGCAGCCAGACCCAGCAGUGUUCUGUGCUUCAGGCCUCUCUUGAACAGCUUUGCUUUUUAAUUACUUCUUUGGACUCUUCCACCAGUCAAGGAGUGCUCUAUGCAUGCUGUUCAAGGAUAGUCGAUCAGUUAGCUCUUUCGCAAGUGACUCCAUGGAUGGAUUGAGAAAUUCCUUCUAUCGCAAUCAUAAAGUUUAAUCUUAUUUCUGAUCAAUAUUUUAUCUGCCAUCGUGAUGUCAUUUAAUUCUUCCUUCCAGACUCUUUACUUCUAUAACCAAUUUAUUCUCCAAGGCUUUUGAAUGCUCUGUGCUAUAUUAUGUGAAUCGUAUGAGCAACUAUAAGGGUCAGAGGAAAUAGGGAAUCUUUUCUUUGUGAUCCUUUCACCUGUUUUCCGUUCACAGUCACCUGCAAAAGGAGGACCUGAGUUUUUAUUGUUACAGAAGUCUGUUUAUGAUAAACAGCAAAAUUUUCAUACUGUUCUAUAAUCUCGACUGAAUUAUCUCUCCAAACCUACAUACGUUUAAAAACACCUUUAUGGUUUAUGUCUUGAAUCCUGCUGGGGCAGUUGUGGAGCCUGUAGCCAGGUCUGUGUGAUUCGUCAUGAAGGGUGGAGCGACACCAGGUCAUCUCAAACAAGUGAAGCAGAGUUAAUUUGAAAUUCGUCCUCCUAUGGAAAGGUGUUUGUCAACAGCUUCUCAACCAUCCAACUCCUGACAAAUGUGGAUAGCCUGAACCAGUUUAACCCAAGAAAAUUGUGAAGGCUGGAGACAAGGACCUGGAUGGACAGCUGGAUUUUGAGGAGUUUGUUCACUAUCUCCAAGAUCAUGAAAAGAAGCUGAGACUGGUCUUUAAGAGUUUGGAUAAGAAGAAUGAUGGCCGCAUUGAUGCCCAGGAGAUUGUACAGUCCCUUCGUGACCUGGGAGUCAAGAUCUCUGAACAGCAGGCUGAGAAAAUACUGAAGAGCAUGGAUAAAAAUGGGACAAUGACAAUUGACUGGAAUGAGUGGCGAGACUAUCACCUGCUGCACCCAGUGGAGAACAUUCCUGAAAUCAUCCUGUACUGGAAGCAUUCUACGAUCUUUGAUGUAGGAGAGAAUUUGACUGUUCCUGAUGAGUUCACAGUGGAAGAGAGGCAGACAGGGAUGUGGUGGAGACAUCUGGUUGCAGGUGGAGGUGCAGGUGCCGUGUCCAGAACCUGUACGGCUCCCUUGGACCGCUUGAAAGUGCUGAUGCAGGUUCAUGCCUCCCGCAGUAACAACAUGUGCAUCGUUGGCGGUUUUACUCAAAUGAUCCGAGAGGGUGGACCAAGGUCACUGUGGCGAGGGAAUGGCAUCAAUGUUUUGAAGAUCGCACCGGAAUCUGCUAUUAAGUUCAUGGCCUAUGAGCAGAUCAAGCGGUUCAUUGGUACUGACCAAGAAAUGCUGAGGAUUCAUGAGCGGCUGUUAGCGGGUUCUCUGGCUGGGGCCAUUGCGCAGAGCAGCAUCUACCCCAUGGAGGUUCUGAAAACAAGGAUGGCUCUAAGGAAGACAGGACAAUAUUCAGGCAUGUUGGAUUGUGCCAAAAACAUUCUUUCGAAGGAAGGAAUGGCUGCCUUCUACAAAGGCUACAUCCCCAACAUGCUAGGAAUCAUUCCAUACGCUGGUAUCGACCUAGCAGUCUAUGAGACACUAAAAAACGCCUGGUUGCAACGUUAUGCCGUCAAUAGUGCUGACCCUGGAGUUUUCGUUCUGCUGGCUUGUGGUACCAUCUCCAGUACCUGUGGGCAGCUGGCCAGUUACCCACUGGCUCUUGUAAGGACACGCAUGCAGGCCCAAGCUUCAGUGGAGGGUGCUCCUGAAGUGACAAUGAGAGGACUCUUUAAACACAUUCUGAAGACAGAGGGAGCAUUUGGUCUUUACCGAGGUCUGGCGCCAAACUUUAUGAAGGUGAUACCAGCCGUAAGCAUCAGCUACGUCGUUUAUGAGAACUUGAAGAUGACUCUGGGUGUGCAGUCACGGUGACCAGGAGAUGCUGAGGACUUUGAACUCUGAAAUCUUGGGGUGCAAUCCCAAGACAUAUAGCCAUCUCUCAUUCUGUGAAUGUGUUGACACUAAGCUGACUAAGCAAAGCUGUGAAAUCUCAGAUAGUGUGUGAGUCAGUAAGGGGAAGGGGGAGGAUCUGGUGUCCUUUGCCAUCUUGCUACUCAAGAGCACCCCAUAAACCAUCACGUGGUCCUUUUUGUUGGGCCUUUUGGGAGGCCAGGGGGCAAACUCCUGGGAGAAUCUUAAAGCGUGGGUUGCUGAGGUCUGCUCCCAGCAGUAUGGCAGAGUAGCAAAGAUUUGGGUAACAGGUCUGCUUUUAGUAUAUUGCGUGUACAGAGCUGUUUGCCUGCAGAUGAGCACCUUCUGACUUGCUGAAAGAGCUUCUUUUUCCAUUCAGAGAGCUUCUUCUUCCAUUCAGUUUUAAUUUCCUACCCGUUGUUUAAAUUUGUACAAACCUUGUGUAGGAGCUGCUGCCACACUGGGCUUGUUAUUCUGUUUACAUAUAUUCCUUUGGGUAGGAGACAUUCAUGUUCUGCUUCCAAGACUUGACAUGAAAUUUAACUUUGAAUUAUACUGGUUUUGAGGGCUGGUGGGCAGUGGUUUAGCCAGGCAGGCUGAAGGUUGUGUAAGCCAGCCUGAUGAAGAAUUAGGAUUAUUUAUUUUUUAUAGAUUUAAGUGUGUCUCAUAAAUCCACUAACAAGAUGCACUUACUAACAGAAGCAGCAGACCAGAGCCUGCAUGCCUCUAUCCUUUGCAUGCCGGGAUUGGCUUGUCUUAUACUAAGCAGGGGCUUGGAAAAGGGAAGGUAGGAGAGCCCUGGGUGAACUGGCACCUUGAUGCAUGGCUUUAGUGAACAAAAAACAAUAUUUCACCGCUCCUGUGCAGUUGGGAGCACGACACGAAAGCCCCUGUGCAGUGUUGCAUGCACCUCUGAAUUCCAUUCUGCCUGGUGCCGAGGACAGCUCGUGGAUCUUUUCCAAGCCCUGUGCCUACGCUGCUAUCUAUCUCUUUAGACCUCUUUGUAGAUUGACAUUCAGGUUUGCAUUAGCGGGCUGGAGUCCCCAAACCAGGAAUAUGUCUGCUGUGGGAAGGGGUGUUAGGAGAGGGACUGGUUGUCACUGGGAGAGGUGAGCUUUCGGUCCUGAAGAUAUGCUUGCUUUUCUUUCAAAGGGUGCUUUACAUAAGGCUAAGGGAAAGAGGUGGCUUUAAAAUUUCUCUGACUGUGUUAUGGGCUACUUCAGUUGAUAGGAUCUGGCCACCAAAGUCAGAUCCUCAUCCAACUUCCUAUUUUGGGCAAAAUGGACCAGCGUUGCAUUCCACUGUUUUACUGCUUAAAGCAUAUUUAUUUUGUAUUUAUUUGAACAGAGUUAUGUCAGACUAUUUUUAUAGACUUGUUUAAAUAUUGUUACCGUGCUUGUGUUUCUCCUGUUUUAAAAAGUUCUUUGUUCUCUUGUAUCACAGCUGAGUUGUGGGGAAGGACACUAAAGUUGCUUGCGUACCUUCCCUUUAGGGCUUGAGCUGCCUUUCCCACAUCUGGGGUUGUUGCUGGAAGACCUCAGCCCAGAGAAAUUCUUUAGCAAGAAGCCAUAGGAGAGAAGGGAGCUGGUGAGGAAUCAGUUCCUUGGGAGAAGGGAGAGGGUGCACUGUGAGGCUCGCCUUAGUUUGGAAUUGCCUCUGUGCGUGGCUGAAAGGGUUUCAGGUGGAUGGGUGAAGUUGGGAAGAAGAAGGUCUGUGUAUGUUGGACGUCACACCCGCUAAUUGAGAGCAGUCUUGGGGAAUUUUUACUUAAGGGGGGAGGGAAGAAAUCUCAGGGACUAAAGAAAAUACAAGUUUCCAGAGAGGUGGAAGGAAACUUGCACUUGGACACAAGCUGCUGCAGUUGUGCUUUGAGGCUAAAUCGGCAGAGCCUGCUGCUGAGCUGGUGCUCUUCACAUGCAAGCGAGCGCUGUGGAGAAGUGUGUGAGAAAUCAGAAAAGGAUUUGCUAGCCCUCAGCAGCUGCUUCUUUGCCGACAGAUUCUGGAGCUUCAUCGAGAGUCUCCAGGUGAGGCUCUACCGUGACAAUCUAGUGCUGUCAGUAGUUAGCCUUGUGGAAAUCUAACCAAUCUGGAGUAGUGAUGUGAUUUUUUUCCACCCCCCCUUCUUGAGACCUGUUAUAAAUUCUGCAGUGGCUCCUUCCUACCAGUGUGGCCUAAUGGGAAUAUGAAUAUCAGAAUGCAAAAAUCAAUGCAAAAUGACAACCAUCUUUGUAGCUGUAACCACAAAUUGUUAUAAUGCAAAUCUAACUCGGAUUCUUCAUGUAGGGAACAGUCUGCUAAUAAAGGUCUGUCAAAGAGA